AUGGCAGAGGAGUCCCAGCCGGACACCCGUUCCGUUCCCACCCCGCCUCAGUCUCCUACUGGAGACCCAUCAUCCGCCCCAAGUCCCGCUAACUCCCGCAAAGGCCGUUCCACUGGCAAGUCCACUGACGACGGCGACAUCGAGCGAGUGAGCAGCAGCAUGCCGCCUUCUACGGGCUCGAGCGUGCGUUCAGUUUGCAGCGGUGCGGGUAGAUCGGGCGAUGAGGUCAGUGGUGGACUGGGAGACACUAGCGGAUCAAUUACCGUUGCGAAUGCUCCAGCCAACGUCGGAAAAAGUGCCUUGACGUCGCCUGGUCACGGGAAGAAAAGCACUGAUAUGAGUUCAAGUGCCCUAUCGGACUCAGCGAUCAUGGGAAAACAAGGAAGAGGAGAUGCGGACUCUAAUCGCAUGUCGUUCUCCAGUUUGUACAGUUUGGGGCAGUCGAUGAUCCAUAAUGCGAAGCACACGAUGGUUGCAGGUGCGAGUGCGGCGAGCUCAGUUGCCGGAAGUGAAAUCGAUGCUCCAUUUCGCUCUGAUCAGCACGGAAUCCCUACCACUGGUUCUUCCGUGUCUAUCACCACCUCCUCUCAACCUGAUCGCACUUGCAACAUCAGCAACCCUAGCAAUCCUAGCACCUCCCCGCGUCUUCUCACCAAUAAAGACCAAACACAUCACUCAUCCUCGUCCGCCAUGGGCAUUCCUUAUUCCCUAGCUGAUCUAGGCCCCUCUUCUCAUACGUCCACGUCUCCCCCCAGCGCCCGCAGCACUGGGGCUCGCUCCCGAUCCCGUCACCGCAACGCCCGCCGCGUCUCUGCGCCCGGCAACUCCGCAUCCCCCGGCAGCGACCGUGGCCGUGCGGACAACCCAAUGAAGAAAGCUCCGUACGGCAUUAUUGGAGUGUGUGCGCUCGACAGCAAGGCGCGAUCCAAGCCGUCUCGCAACAUCCUGAACAAGCUCAUUGCCGCUGGAGAGUUCGACGUCAUCAUAUUCGGAGACAAAGUGAUCCUCGACGAGGACGUUGAGAAUUGGCCGGUGUGCGACUUUCUCAUUAGCUUCUUCAGCGCCGGCUUUCCACUUGAGAAGGCCAUUCGCUAUGCCGAGCUGAGGAAACCAUUUUGUGUCAAUGACUUGCCGAUGCAGAUGGUCCUCUGGGAUCGACGCACCUGCUUGAGGAUCCUUGACACCAUGCAAGUCCCGACGCCGAAGCGUAUCGAGGUCAAUCGCGAUGGAGGCCCGACGCUUCCCAGUGCUAAGUUGGCGAAAACUCUCCGAGAGCGGACUGGCCUGAAGCUGGAAGGUCCCGACGACGGAACCGGCGGCAAGAUCGACCCGCCGAAGAAGGUUGAGAUGAUGGAUGAUGGCAACGUUCUGUUUGUUGAUGGAAAGACGAUUCACAAGCCGUUUGUCGAGAAGCCCGUCAGCGGAGAGGAUCAUAACAUCCGCAUCUACUACCAUGGUGGUGGUGGCCGACGCCUAUUCCGCAAAGUGAACAACAAAAGCUCCGAGCAUGACGACACCUUGAACGUUCCACGAUGCAUCUCCAACCAGUCGACCAGUUAUGUCUACGAGCAGUUCCUCCAAGCGGAGGGCGCGGAAGAUAUCAAGCUGUAUACCGUCGGCUCCGAAUUUUGCCACGCCGAGACCAGAAAGAGUCCUGUGGUUGACGGCCACGUCCGUCGCAACCCCAUGGGCAAGGAGAUCCGUUACGUCACGAACUUGACCAAAGAAGAACAGACCAUCGCAACCAAGAUCUCUGAGGCCUUUGGGCAGCGUGUCUGCGGAUUCGACUUGCUUCGAGCGAACGGAAGCAGUUACGUCAUCGAUGUGAACGGCUGGAGCUUUGUCAAGGACAAUAAUGAUUAUUAUGAUCGUUGCGCCGGCAUCCUCCGACAGAUCUUCAUCCGCGAGAAAAUGAAGAAAGAUAGUCCCGCCCAUCAGCUCGAGAUCGAAGAUCAGCAAGGAGGAAAGGACAAGGCCCCGGAACGAGCUCACCAGCGCAAGAUCACCGGAGGUGCACCUGGCUCGCAUCGCGCUGCACUGAAGUCAAUCUUCAAAAGCCCGAGCAUGUCGAAGAUGACUGAUCAUCAUGGUCACUUUCCUGGGCAUCAUCACGCCGCUGAUCAUGCUACGUCGGAUGCGUCUACGCCCGCCUCUCCUAUCAAGGCAUCAUCCAGCAUGGAGCGCAAUCAAGGAAUUCCGCCCAUUGGCUUACCACCUCCUGCGGCAUUGGAAACAUCCACUGCCGAUCUCAAGAAAGAACGAGUUACUGUCGCUGAUUCGACUCCUAGCAGCACUGAGCCAAAAGAGCCAGUCGAAGCACCAAUUCCGCCGCCUGCGUCCAAAGCACAAUGGAAACUAAAGGGAAUCGUCAGCGUCGUUCGACACGCUGACCGUACUCCGAAACAAAAGUUCAAGUUCACUUUCCACACGAAGCCGUUCGUCGAUCUCCUUAAGGGUCAUCAGGAAGAAGUCCUGCUCAUCGGCGAACAGGCGUUAAGCAGUGUCUUGGAUGCUGUUCAGCUCGCAUUCCAGGAAGGGAUCGAAGAUACAGAGAAGCUGACGUUGCUGAGGACGAGUUUGAUCAAGAAGGGUGGCUGGACGGGAACGAAGGUCCAGAUCAAGCCCAUGUUCCGCGAAAAGAAGGCCCCAAAGGAUAGCGCCAAAGCUGCCCCGCCUACCGGCUCUACUGUUGAGUUGCUCAAGGAAGAGGCAAUCUCUGACCUUGCAGCACAGGGCGAGCAGCAGCCCCUUCGUCGCAGCGAUUCCAAUACAGGCAUCACCUUUUCCCGAAUUGCGGCUGCAGAGAACAACAUGGAAUUCGACAAACUCCAGCUGGUCAUCAAGUGGGGCGGUGAACCUACCCACUCUGCUCGUUAUCAAGCACAGGAUCUAGGUGAGAACCUUCGAAAUGACCUAUUGCUCCUCAACAAGAACAUCUUCGACGAUGUCUCAGUGUUCUCCUCUUCCGAACGCCGCGUUACCACUUCCGCGCAGAUCUUCUCGUCCGCCUUCCUCGCUGAGGAAAAGCUUUCCAAGGACUUCGUCCAAGUCCGCAAGCAUCUCCUCGAUGACUCCAACGCCGCGAAGGAUGAGAUGGACAAAGUGAAGAAAACACUCAAGGUUCUCCUGCGUGAAGGCGAUAAAGCAAUCGAAGAAUUCGCUUGGCCGGACAACUUCGCCGAACCUUCCGUCGUCGUCCGCGACGUCGUCCAACUCAUGCAGUUCCACCGAGACGUUAUGCGUCAUAACUACGCGACGCUCCAGUCUUCAGGGCCCCGUUCCACGCCCGCCCUCGUGCAUCCACAAGACACUAGUUCCACGGAUGCCGGCACGACCGCAAGUGCACCCUGCACUGCGGCUCAGCGCACCGUCAAUCCUGAGACCAUCCAGGCCCGUUGGUGCUGUGGCGAGGAUGCGGCGCUCUUUCGUGAGCGUUGGGAGAAGCUGUUUGCGGAGUUCUGCGACGGCGACAAAGUCGACCCCAGCAAGAUCAGUGAGCUUUACGACACCAUGAAGUUCGACGCUCUGCAUAACCGCGCGUUCCUUGAGUGGGCUUUCCGGCCGGACGAAGAGGUCUUGGCAGAGGAGAUGGCUACCAGUAGCUUUGCGAUGGUCGACACGAUGGAUGAGCUGCAGGGUCAGGACCGCAAAAUCGAGUUCCAGAAGAGGCCCGCGCCGCCGGUAAGGAAGCUUUCCGAGUCCAAAGACAAAGAUUCCGCCUCGUCCUUAGGGAUGUCAGAGCGGAACAGCGACAAGGAAACCGGCAAGCUUGAGAGCAGUGCGAGCAGCGCACGAUCCAACCUCGCUCAGCGCUUGAACUUCCGUCGCAGGUCAGAGGCCAUGUCCACGCCCGCGAAGCCGCUCGUCAACCCUGUGUCCUAUUUCAAUCUCGACCGAGGGUCUGGGAACUCGAAGUCCAAACCGGAUGCACGCCUAGUAAAACUCCGAGAGCUCUUCCGUCUGUGCAAAGUCCUGUUUGACUAUAUCGGGCCCCAGGAGUACGGCAUGGCCAACGAUGAGAAGCUAGAGAUCGGCCUUCUCACGUCACUGCCAUUGCUCAAGGAGAUCGUCCUAGAUCUCGAGGAUAUGCAGGCGGCAGACAACCCCAAGGGGUUCUUCUACUUCACGAAGGAGAGCCACAUUUACACGCUCCUGAACUGCGUGUUUGAAGGGGGGAUUCCGACGAAGCUUUCCCGGAACUCGAUUCCGGAACUGGACUACUUGAGCCAGAUCUGCUUCGAGCUCUACGAGAGCCAGAAUGCGUCGGAGGGGGGGGAGGUGGGCUCCUUCAACUAUAGCAUCCGGAUCACGAUCAGCCCGGGAUGCCACACCUUCGCCCCCCUCGACGUCCAGCUGGACUCGAAGCACUCGAUCGGGUGUGCUCCGCGGAGGAGCUUAACUCCGCACAUUGACUGGUUGACAGUCAUUGAGACGUUCCGCGCGAACUUCUCUCGGGUGAGACUCCCGAAGUCGUUCGUGGCGGUGAACCUUUCGGAGAAGGUACCGCAGGCCUUCGGGCCUCCGACGCUGGAGAGGGAGAGGGAGAGGGGUAUGGAGAGAGAGGGCGAGGCGGGCGCCGAGGAGUAG